CAGCGAUACUUCGAGAACACACAGUACUGUGUGUUCUCGAAGUAUCGCUGCUGAAAACUCAAAACAAAUCGUACAGAGCUGUCCAACAUCUUAUUUUGUAGAGAAAUGUUUGCUCUACCUUCUUACCAAGUCAGAAAAUUUUUAACGAAGCAAUUUACGAAACGCUGGGUUUUUGAAAAAUAUGAAAUCCUUAGUCAAUUACUCGGUGCAUGCUUAACCAUAACAUUCUCUUUCCUAUAAUAUAAAAUCGUAACUAUUUUCACAUUACACGUUGGACCACAUUUUUACUUGUGAGUAGAUGCAGAAGGUUUUCAUGACUCUAUGUAAAAUAUACUGACGAGAAUAAACACAGAUGGGGCAGAUAAAAAAACUUGCUUUUUAAUUUUUUUUGGAUUAAUCUCAAUGUCAUUGCAGAUGAAUUUUAUGUUACAUUGUAAAAUAUUUCAUUUUAUUACUCAGUACGCUAGUCUUCUUCUAUUACAUAAAACACCUUGUCAUUCACCAUAUGUGAUUAGUUAUUAAUGGCUGAUCCAUCUUAUGAUAGAGAUCAUAAUGAACAGGAACAGCCUGAUGUUGAAUCAGAAACAAGUGAAAAUGAAGAAUUAAGUGAUGAGAUUGAGUCUGAAGAAAAUCCUUUUAUAACAGUUGGUAUUUGUGCAAUGUCUAAAAAAGUUAAAGCCAAACCAAUGGAAGAAAUAUUAAACAGAAUAGAAAGAUUUGAAUUUAUAAAAAUUAAUGUAUUUCCAGAAACAACAAUAUUAACAAAACCUGUUGAAGAAUGGCCGAUUUGUGAUGCUUUAAUAUCAUUUCAUUCGAAAGGAUUUCCAUUAGCUAAAGCUCAAGAAUAUUGCAAAUUACGUAGACCAUUUUUAAUUAAUGAUCUGGAUAAACAAUGGGAUAUUAUGGAUAGAAUUCAAAUACAUGAAAUUUUGAAAGCAGCCGAUAUACCACAACCACGUUAUGGAUUCAUUCAACAACCAUUACCAGAUUCAUCUGAAAUAGUUUCAUCUAAUGUUGCUGUUAUUGAACAGGACGAUCAAAUUAAAAUUAAUGGCGAAAUAUUUCAUAAACCAUUUGUAGAAAAACCAGUUAAUGCUGAGAAUCACGAAGUUUAUAUCUAUUUUCCGCCAGCUGCCGGUGGUGGAAGUCAACGAUUAUUUAGAAAAAUUGGCAGUCGGAGUAGUGUAUAUACAACUAGAAAUAAUAUUCGAACUGAUGGUCCAUAUGUAUAUGAAGAAUUCAUGCCAACAGAUGGUACGGAUGUUAAAGUAUAUACAGUGGGUCCUGAAUACGCUCAUGCUGAAGCAAGAAAAGCACCAGCAUUAGAUGGAAAAGUUGAAAGGGAUGAAUUUGGAAAAGAAGUAAGAUAUCCGGUAAUACUGCGUGCAGAUGAGAAACUAAUUUCAAUGAAAAUAUGUUUGGCAUUUAAAGUGGAUUCAGCUAAGCUGGACAAUAAAGCUGGAUAA